CCGCGCCGGGUCCGCCCUGAGUUCGUGGCCAGCAGCCGUCCACCCGGCGUCGCGUUCUGGGUUGUGGCGGCCCUGGAUCCGGCGUCAGGGCGACCGGGAGGACGAGGUGGAGCCAGAGUCGGUCAGACGGGUUGGUGAAGGGCGCGGGGCCGGGCACGGCGUUGGGAGUGCGCUGCAGGGACCGACUAGACGGGCUGCAGGCACCUCAGAGCCCGGGACACCCCCUCAACGUCCGCAGGCGCGAUGAAGGCACUGAUCUUAGUGGGGGGCUAUGGGACGCGGCUACGGCCGCUGACACUGAGCACCCCGAAGCCACUGGUGGACUUCUGCAAUAAGCCCAUCUUGCUGCACCAAGUGGAGGCGCUAGCUGCGGCAGGCGUGGACCACGUGAUCCUGGCCGUGAGCUACAUGUCGCAGGUGCUGGAGAAGGAAAUGAAGGCACAGGAGCAGAGGCUGGGAAUCCGAAUCUCCAUGUCCCAUGAAGAGGAGCCUUUGGGGACAGCUGGGCCCCUGGCGCUGGCCCGUGACCUGCUCUCUGAGACUGCAGACCCUUUCUUCGUCCUCAACAGUGAUGUGAUCUGCGAUUUCCCCUUCCAAGCCAUGGUGCAGUUCCACCGGCACCAUGGCCAGGAGGGCUCCAUCCUGGUAACCAAGGUGGAGGAACCCUCCAAGUACGGUGUGGUGGUGUGUGAGGCUGACACAGGCCGAAUUCACCGGUUUGUGGAGAAGCCGCAGGUGUUUGUGUCCAAUAAGAUCAACGCAGGCAUGUACAUCCUGAGCCCUGCGGUGCUGCGGCGCAUCCAGCUGCAGCCUACGUCCAUUGAGAAGGAGGUCUUCCCCAUUAUGGCCAAGGAGGGGCAGCUAUAUGCCAUGGAGUUGCAGGGCUUCUGGAUGGACAUUGGGCAGCCCAAGGACUUCCUCACUGGCAUGUGCCUCUUCCUGCAGUCACUGAGGCAGAAGCACCCUGAGCGGUUGUACUCAGGCCCUGGCAUUGUGGGCAACGUGCUGGUGGACCCAAGUGCCCGCAUUGGCCAGAACUGCAGCAUUGGCCCCAAUGUGAGCCUGGGACCUGGCGUGGUGGUCGAAGAUGGUGUGUGUAUCCGGCGGUGCACGGUGCUGCGGGAUGCCCGGAUCCGCUCCCAUUCAUGGCUUGAGUCCUGCAUUGUGGGCUGGCGCUGCCGUGUGGGCCAGUGGGUAAGCCUGUGGGCUGGGCCAGGUGGGGAGAGGGGCGGGGAGUGUGCCUGUCUCCCUGACAAGGCCUAUCCUCUCCUGGAGGUUCGCAUGGAGAACGUGACAGUGCUGGGUGAGGACGUCAUAGUUAACGAUGAGCUCUACCUCAACGGAGCCAGCGUGCUGCCCCACAAGUCUAUUGGCGAGUCAGUGCCAGAGCCUCGUAUCAUCAUGUAAGGGGAUGCAGUGGGGCUGGCCAAGCCCCGGUUUUCCCAUCAGCAAGGGGAGAGUGCUGGCCUGACACAUCAGAAGACCCUGGACUUGUUAUCUGUCUGGGGGGCACUGGGUGAAGCUGAAGCUGUUGGACACCUGCCUUCUCAUGUGGACAUCAUCUGGCAGGAUCCCUGCUGGGCACACCCCACAAACCCUACUCCCUCAAGAAGGGCCAGGGCCAGGGCUGUAUGGAAUAAUAAUUUAAUGCUGACUGUG